AAAGCUACAGCAUAAUUUUUUUUUUUUGGCAUGUUCUUCCCUGCAACUAUAUAUAUGAACACAAACCCAGCUUCUGAUUCAUCAUUACAAUCAAAUCCUUCCUCUUUAAAUCUUUGAUCUUCCACUUUUUUUUUUUAUCUCAACUCAAGCAUAUACCAUCAAAAUGAGCGUAGAAGUUUUGGACGGUGCCACCAUUGUGAACUUCGUGGAGGACGAAGAAGCAUUCACUGUAUCAAUACGUGAUCGUUUUGCUCAUCUUGAUACCGACCAAGAUGGUCUGCUUUCCUACGCAGAAAUGUUGAAGGAGCUGCGGAGUUUGAGGGUUUUCGAGACCCACUUUGGAAUAGAUGUGAAGAGAGACCCAGAAGAACUGGCUCGAGUUUAUAGCUCUCUGUUUGAGCAGUUUGAUCAUGAUUUGAAUGGUGGAGUAGAUUUGGAGGAGUUUAAGGAAGAGACGAAGCAGAUGAUGCUGGCUAUGGCUAAUGGGAUGGGCUUUUUGCCUAUUCAGAUGGUGUUGGAAGAAGAUAGUCUCUUGAAGAAAGCUGUGGAGAGGGAGUCUGCUUCCGCUUAAUUUUUCCGCUUUCUCUGAAUUAUAUCUGCAACUUUAAUCAUCUCUUAGUUUUCACCUUUGCUUUCACAUAAGUUGAAAUUCUAGUUCUUCUUCUUCUUCUUCUUCUUUCUUUAAUUAAUUUUUCCCUUGUUUGCUGA